AUGACAAACUUAGAAAACAUCUGUGGCAAGUUUAACUCCUCAAUAGAGAAUAUGAAACUUAUAGUUUGCAAUGAACUUCAAAGUAUAGAUACAACAAAAGUUUUGAACUCAGAUGCUUUGAAGAGUCUUAUAACAGACAAAGUUGGAGUUGUUGAAAGAAAAUAUAAAGACCAAAGAGUUUGUGAAAAUGUUGCAAACUUCAUUAUGGUUUCAAACAAUACUGUUCCGAUGAAGUUAGAAAGUUCUGACAGAAGAUAUGUAGUUGUCAGAACGUCAGAAGCUCAUAUGCAAGAUACAGAAUAUUUUGACGACUUAGCAGAAACUUUGACAUCUGACUUUUACAACCACUUGUUCUCAUAUUUUAUGACAUUAGAUAUUUCAAAGUUCAAUCCAAGACAAAUUCCACAUACCGAAGAGAGACAAACAUUGUUAGAAGCAAACAAGAGUGUAUAUGAACUGUUCAUAGAUGAAACUGACUUUGAGUGUUUAGAUGAAAGGUCAUUGUACGAUUCGUAUAAACAAUAUUGUCAAGAAUAUGGUUAUAUUACAGCGUCUAAACGAACAUUCUUGGCAAAUGUCAAAAGUCUUUUAGACGUACAGAAAGGUGUAUAUACAAAGAAAAAUUUUUAUGAGUAA